AUAUAGGUAGUGUUAAUUUGAAAGUAAAAUAAUAAACAACAGCUACACGUGUGUUUUGGUUAUUUUAAGGAAAGUAAUUAUUAUAAGAAAAAAUGGUUCGAAAACUUAAAUUUCAUGAGAAGAAGCUCCUUAAGAAAGUAGACUUUAUUUCGUGGAAAGUAGACAACAAUUUAAACGAAGUUAAAGUGAUGAAAAAAUAUUAUAUUCAAAAACGUGAAGACUACACAAAAUAUAAUAAACUUUCAAGAGAAAUAAGAGAUUUGGCAAACAAAAUUAAAGAUUUGGACACUAGCGCAGAAUUCAGAACAGAAUCAAGUGCUCAGCUACUAGAAAAGUUAUAUCAAUUGGGCCUUAUACCUACACGGUGGGAUUUAGCACUAGCAGCAAAUGUCAAUGCUAGCGCAUUUUGCAGACGACGCCUACCUGUAGUAAUGGUUAGAAGUAGAAUGACAGAAAAUCUAAAACAAGCAACAAAGUUCAUAGAGCAAGGUCAUGUACGAGUUGGACCAGAAGUGGUAAAGGACCCAGCAUUCCUUGUGAACAGAUCAUUAGAGGACUUUAUCACAUGGGUUGAUGGCUCUGCAAUCAAGAAACAUGUUAUGGAGUACAAUGAAAUGAGGGAUGAUUUUGAAUUGUUGUAAAUGAUGAUGGCAAGAAAACUAU